AUGGACGAGUCAUGGAGAACGCCAAUGGGAUUAACAUCUGCACUUCCUCGCCGCCGAUCAACGGAACAACGAUCAUCUUCACGAACACGGCAGUCCAUCUUCUCCAACACCGCCGUCUCUGGAACGGAAACCUUGGACGCUGAAGAUUUCGCCGACGUCUUCGGAGGUCCACCUAGAAGCCUUCUCACGCACAACUCCAGGUCCGGUUCUUUCUACGACGAAAUUUUCAAGCAACCGGCGUCCAUGCCUCCGGCACCGGCAAAUAAUGGCCGGAGCUUGCCGGUGUUUAGGAUCCCAACGCAAGAUGACGCGUUUUAUGGAGAUAUCUUCAGGUCGGAUGAUGACCGGAGAUCAAGAGAACGGUCAGGGUCACAGUCUAAUGCGAAAUCGAAGUCCAAUUCUUCGUCGGCGUUAAGUUCUGAGGAGCUUAGCCCUCUCCAGCCGGAUAUCAGUGAUGACGUGGCACUUUCAGACUUUGCUUCAAAGCUAAGGCCAAUCAAAGUCCCAUAUAAAUGGAACUCAUCCACUGUGACACAUGAGGAACAACCAAUUAAACAGAAGAGGCCAGUUUUUCCAUGUAAUGGUCAAUCAUUUUACUUCCCACGUCAUGAUAAUGGGGGCUCAAGAAGAGUCACAUCCCCAGAAAUAAUUAGUGCUGAAUCCAAUUCAUAUCAAAGCAUCAAACUAUCGGCAUAUGACUGGGAACUCAGUCCCCCAUUCUCCGCUGUCUCUGGAGUUUGUCAAGAACCUGAGUCAAAAUAUUUGGUUAAUGAUCACGUGCUUCCGGAACUAGUUGUUGACCAUGAUGAUUAUGAGGAGGAUGAUGAUGAAGUUAUGAGCUCUUAUGUUAUAGAGAUUAACUCUAAUUUUAGAGAGGAAAACUGUGGAACAGAAGCCAUUGAUGAUGCGAUUGCAUGGGCCAAAGAGAAGUUUCAUUCGCGAACUAAUGAAGAACCAGGUUUGAGAGAUGAUGGCAAUGAGGAAAAUACUGGAAUGGAAGGAAGGCCUUGUGCAGGUGAAUACCAUGACGGAAUUGUAAUGGUUGAAUCUCCAAAGAAGGUAGAAACAGAAAAAGAGAAGUUAGACAGAGAUAUAAGAUUGUGGUCAUCUGACAAGGAAACCGACAUCAGGCAACUGCUUUCAACACUACAUCAUAUUCUGUGGCCUGAGAGUGGCUGGUCUGCUACUCCUUAUAUGAUCCUAAUAGAAAACUCACAAGUGAAGAAAGCCUAUCAGAAAGCAAGAUUAUGCCUCCACCCCGACAAACUUCAGCAAAGAGGAGCAACUCUCUUACAGAAGAACGUAGCAGAGAAGGCUUUCUCCAUUCUUCAGGAUGCAUGGACCGCAUUUAUUUCUGAAGAAUUCUCCUUCUAA